ACUUCUUUCACAAGCUGACCAGUUAGAAAUUCAUUGUUUAAAAUAUUGUACAAAAUUUGUUAGCCUUUUUGUAUAAAAGGAAUUAUGAGUACAAAAGUUGGUAAAAGAAAUCGGCGUUCGCGGAAGAAUGGCCCUAAGUUCACGAGGUCGCUGAAGGAUCUGUUGGUUAGUCUGGAUAUUUAUGGUAGCACGGACUGGCUUGAGUACGUUAAUAAAAUUACGGAAAUGAAAGCUGCGGCUCUUAAGUCUGAGCAGCAAGGUACUAAAGAGCUCGAAGUAAGAAAAGAUCGUGAAAAGGCCAAUCUUGCUUCACAAUAAGCCUUCAGAUGACAAGCACACAAAAAAGCUUAAACGUAUGGAACCUAAAAAGAAUGUGCUGAAGCCAGAGUUAGAGAUUGAAGUUUCCACAA